AUAACUGGAAAUUAGGAUAUGUAUAUAAAUAAAUUCGAUAAGGUUUUGGAAGUACUGCCAAAAUGAAACUUUUGCUACUGUGUAGUUUGUUGAUGAUUGGAGCUCUGGCUGACGAUUAUGUCGUCAACACCAGAAGAUUCCCAAAAGACUUCAAAUUCGGUACAGCUUCAGCUGCUUACCAAAUUGAAGGUGGAUGGGAUGCGGAUGGUAAGGGCGAGAAUGUUUGGGAUACUUACACACAUUUGUAUCCAGAAAAAUCCAACUACCAAAAUGGAGAUGUAGCUUGUGACUCCUAUAACAAAUGGCAAGAAGAUGUCGACCUCUUGGUAGGCUUGGGUGUUAAUACUUAUAGGUUUUCUAUUGCUUGGUCGCGAGUUUUGCCAACAGGUUUUGUCAACUCAUCAAACCCUGCUGGUAUCAAUUACUACAAGAAAUUAAUCGCAGCAUUAAAAGCCAAUAACAUCGAACCUUUGGUUACAAUGUAUCAUUGGGACUUGCCAACUAAUCUAGAAAAUUUAGGCGGUUUCAUCAAUCCGGAAAUUCAAGAAUGGUUCGUUGACUAUGCUAGGUUUUUGUUUAAAACUUUCGGGGAUGACGUCAAGAACUGGAUUACAUUUAAUGAACCUAAACAAGCUUGCGAAUUUGGCUAUGGUGCUGGUGUUCUAGCUCCAUACAUAUCUAGUCCUGGAAUUAAAGACUACCAAUGCUCCCAUAAUCUUAUUAUUGCCCAUGGAAAAGCUUACAGAAUGUGGGAAAGAGAAUUUAAAGAAAAACAAGGAGGCAGGGUUACUAUGGUGAUUGACAGUAAUUGGUUUGGACCAGCUUCAAACAGCACUGAAGAUAUUGAAGCUGCUGAAAGGAAUAUGCUAUUUACAUAUGGUUGGUAUGGUCAUCCAGUUAACUUCGGAGACUAUCCAGAAGUUAUGAAAGAAAGAAUUGCUCACCGAUCUGCAUUGGAAGGUUUUAAUACAUCUCGCCUUCCCAGCUUCACCGAAGAAGAAAAGCAAAUUAUCAAAGGAACAGUCGAUUUUAUGUGCGUUAAUAUUUAUACUUCCUCUUUAGUGAAUGCAAUUCCUGAACCAAAAAUUGUACCAUUGAGUCCAACAAGAGAUUUGGACAUUGGAGUCAAUGUCUUCCAACCAGAAGACUGGGAACCUACUGUUACUAGCUGGUUUAAGGUUGUACCAUGGGGGGCAAGAGAACUAAUCAAGUGGAUAAGCAACACAUACAAUCAUCCAGAAAUUGUUGUUACUGAAAAUGGAUACCACGACAAUGGUACUGUAAUUCAUGAUUUGGAAACCAGAGGCCGGUAUCAUAAAUUAUACCUCAGUAAUAUGCUGGAUGCAAUUUAUGAAGAUGGUGUAAACCUAACCGGUUACAUGGCUUGGGCACUUACUGAUGACUUUGAAUGGCAAUAUGGAUACAAUAUUCAAUUGGGAUUAUACCAAGUAAACUUUACUGAUCCCGCAAGGCCAAGAGUUGCUAAGGACUCAGCUUCUUAUUACAGACAAGUUGUAACAACAAGGUGUUUGGUUGAUAACGAUCAAUGCACAGAUUAGAUUGUACUGGAAACUGUUUAUGUAUAAAAUUAUAAUAAUAUUAAAACCCUGUUUAAGAUUAAAG